AUGCAGCCAUUCAAUGAUGUAAAACGAUCUCGUGACUAUAUAAAUAAGUUUCGCAAGGACGGUUUUAAGCCUGAAGAACUUAAACUCUAUUGGAACGUAGAACAACUUGAAAAUCUCUGUCCAAAACAAGGAGAUCAGUCAGAAAUAACACCGCCACAUGAUCCGUCAGAUACCGAUGCUAUUGAAAAUCUUCGAAAGUUUCCUGUUUACGAUCGAAAUCAUCGUGUCAAGAUUAACUACAUUAACAAAGGAAUUGAAAAAGCUGUUUUUGAUGUAGCUAAAGAUGCUCAAAUCAUUGUUCUAAAUUUUGCGAAUGAACAAUCACCAGGGGGCGGUUAUUUACGACAUGCCAGGGCACAAGAAGAAAUUAUUCUUUACAAUUCAGAUGGUUAUCGAGCAUUACUUGAUCUCAAAUAUCAACGAAUGAACGGUGGUUAUGCUAUACUCGAAUUUGGAUUAGCCUAUGUUCGUAAUAUACGUUUCUUUGAUGCAGAAUCAGAGGAACGACAUCGUUUAGCAGAUAUGUUGGUGUCGGCAUGUUACUGUUUAAAUGGAUCUGAACUUUAUGAUAAUCCGAGGACUCCUGAGGAGUUGAAGAAAAAUAAUUUGGCUAAAUUUCGUGCAUUUAUGGCAGCAGCUGUUGCAAAUACAAUAGGUGAUGGUAGUAAUACUUAUCUUUUACUUGGACCUAUUGGUACCGGUGCAUUUGGAAAUGAUGUUGAAGAUAUAGCUGAAUGUUUUCGUGAAGUACUCGAAAUGCCAAUGAUGAAUUCAACACGACCUAUUCGUUAUGCUUUUAGUAAUAUUUGGUUUGUUUCUAUAGAUGAUUGGAAAAAUGAUAUUUUCCAGAAAAUCUUACCUAAAAGUGAAUCUGAUAAUGCUGAAGAACUUUAA